ACGGAGGCGCCGAAUCGAAGCAGCAGAGGGGAAGAAGGGCGAGCCCAGGCCGCAAAAGGGCGACUCGCCAAUCCGAUCUCUCAUGGAGUCGCACGCGCCGGAUGGGGCCGGGGAGGGCGCGGAGGCGCUCUACCAAGCGGCCGGCAAUGGUACGGCGGCGGCGGCGGCGGCGGCUGUGGGGAUGGAUGCGAUGGGCUCGGUCGAGGCGCACGGGUCCGUCGUGCCGAAGCCGGAGCCCGUGCCAGUGGAGUUCCUGGGCGGGAACUACGUCGCCAAACCGCGUCCAACGCCGCGGUACCGCGACCGGCACAUCAAGGUGGAGGGCCGCGGGCGGCGCAUCCGCAUGGCGGCGGCGUGCGCGGAGAGGGUCGCCCGGCUCACGCGCGACCUAGGGCACAAGUCCGACGGAGAGACCAUCCGCUGGCUGCUGCAGCAGUCGGAGCCGGCCAUCGUCGCCGCCACGGGGAUCGGCACGGUCCCCGCGAUUGCCACCACGAGCGCCGACGGCGUGCUCCGCCUCCCCGCCUCCUCGGACGCCGACGGCGAUCAGCAGCAGGCGCCCAAGCGGCAGCGCAAGCUCCAGCCGACGCGCGCGUCGGCGAGCCCCGCGGAGCCGCUGGCCACGGCUGCCCCCGCGGCCUACUACCCCGUCGUCGCCGACCCCCUGGUCCAAGGCAACGGCGGGUGCGCGAUCUCGAUGUCCAGCGGCCUCGCCCCCGCCUCUGCCACCGCGGCGCCCGCAGGCGCCAUCCCUUUCAUCGCCAUACCGGCACCUGGCGCAGGCGCGACCGGCGACGGCAAGCAGAUGAUCCCGCCGGCAGCUGUGUGGAUGGUCCCGCAGCAGGCCGGCGCCGGUGGCGCGGCCAACCAGCCGACUCACUAUUGGGCAUUCUCAACCAAUCCUGAACUCUUCAAUGUCGCCAACUUCCCGCAGCAAGCAGUCUACGACGCGGAGCUCGCCAGUGGGGAGCCACAGGAGCAGGAGCCCGGCGGUCACCAGCAUGGGGAGGGCGAGGACGAAGGCAUCGCCGUGACGGAUUCCAGUUCUGAAUAGUAGCAGCACAGCGAUUUGAAGUGAGCCUCCAAAUUUCAAUCCAAAGAUCAGGUCAAAACUACAAUUGUCUAACUUUCUUCUCUCAUACGCAAGUGUGCAUUGAAUAAUGUUACGCGUGUACAGAUGUUCCGGUACUCCCACGAUUUCAAAUUCAAAUUCAAAACCCACCCAAAUCCUGACCCUACAUUCCCAAACAACAUUCGGAACCAUAACCCUCCUAUUCGAUGGGCUUUCAAGAUCCCAUGAUCCCGCUUUCCUUGUGCCAUGGGCACCG